CGGCGGUGACUCAGCCUGGAGCGCGGGGGCGGGAGCGCGCGAGAGGAGGCGAGUCGGCGCGCUCAGCCUGGCGGCGGCGCCGAACCCAAAGGAGUUAAGUAGGCGGUGUCGGUGACGCCCGCCCCCCCGGUCCGGCCCCCCUGAGGCCGCCGCGCCCGCUCGUAUUUAUUGCGGCGGCUCCCAGCGCCGAGUGUCUCUCCGCUGGCCCCGGCCGCGGCUUUCCUGAGUACCGCGAGCAGCGGCCCCGCGCCCCCAGUCAAGGCGCCAUGGAGCGGCCGGCGCCCCUGGCCGUACUGCCCUUCUCGGACCCCGCGCACGCGCUGAGCCUGCUGCGUGGCCUGAGCCAGCUCCGCGCCGAGCGCAAGUUCCUGGACGUGACCCUGGAGGCGGCGGGCGGACGCGACUUCCCGGCGCACCGCGCCGUGCUGGCGGCCGCCAGCCCCUACUUCCGCGCCAUGUUCGCUGGGCAGUUGCGCGAGAGCCGCGCCGAGCGGGUGCGCCUGCACGGCGUGCCGCCCGACAUGCUGCAGCUGCUUCUCGACUUCAGCUACACGGGCCGCGUGGCGGUGAGCGGCGACAACGCCGAGCCGCUGCUGCGCGCCGCCGACCUGCUGCAGUUCCCGGCGGUGAAGGAGGCGUGCGGCGCCUUCCUGCAGCAGCAGCUCGACCUGACCAACUGCCUGGACAUGCAGGACUUCGCCGAGGCCUUCAGCUGCGCGGGGCUGGCGAGCGCGGCUCAGCGCUUCAUUCUACGCCACGUGGGCGAGCUGGGCGCCGAGCAGCUGGAGCGUCUGCCCCUGGCGCGGCUGCUGCGCUACCUGCGUGACGACGGGCUCUGCGUGCCCAAGGAGGAGGCCGCCUACCAGCUGGCACUGCGCUGGGUGCGCGCCGACCCGCCGCGCCGCGCGGCGCACUGGCCGCAGCUGCUGGAGGCCGUGCGCCUGCCCUUCGUGCGCCGCUUCUACCUGCUGGCACACGUCGAGGCCGAGCCGCUGGUGGCCCGCUGCCCCCCCUGCCUGCGCCUGCUGCGCGAGGCGCGCGACUUCCAGGCGGCGCGCUACGACCGCCACGACCGCGGGCCCUGCCCUCGGAUGCGGCCGCGCCCCUCCACCGGCCUCGCGGAGAUCCUCGUGCUCGUGGGCGGAUGCGACCAGGACUGCGACGAACUGGUCACCGUCGACUGCUACAACCCGCAGACGGGCCAGUGGCGCUACCUGGCCGAGUUCCCCGACCACCUGGGCGGAGGCUACAGCAUCGUGGCGCUGGGCAACGACAUCUACGUGACGGGCGGAUCUGAUGGCUCCCGGCUCUACGACUGCGUGUGGAGGUACAACUCAAGCGUGAAUGAGUGGACAGAGGUGGCGCCCAUGCUGAAGGCCCGGGAGUACCACAGCUCCUCCGUGCUGGACGGGCUGCUGUAUGUGGUGGCUGCAGACAGCACAGAGCGCUACGACCACACCACCGACUCCUGGGAGGCCUUGCAGCCCAUGACCUAUCCCAUGGACAACUGUUCUACCACGGCCUGCCGGGGCCGGCUGUACGCCAUCGGCUCCCUGGCCGGCAAGGAGACCAUGGUCAUGCAGUGCUACCACCCAGACAUGGACCUGUGGUCACUGGUGGACUGUGGCCAGCUCCCACCCUGGUCCUUUGCCCCCAAGACAGUGACUCUGAACGGACUCAUGUACUUCAUCAGGGACGACUCGGCUGAAGUGGAUGUGUAUAACCCCACCAAGAACGAAUGGGAUAAGAUCCCCUCAAUGAAUCAGGUGCACGUUGGGGGCAGCCUGGCCGUCCUCGGAGGUAAGCUCUACGUCUCUGGGGGCUACGAUAACACCUUCGAACUCUCCGACGUGGUGGAGGCCUACGACCCAGAGACUCGGGCGUGGAGCGUGGUGGGCCGGCUCCCAGAGCCCACCUUCUGGCACGGCAGCGUCAGCAUCUUCCGCCAGUUCAUGCCCCAGACACCUCUGGGCGGGCGCGGCUUUGAGCUAGACGGUGGCAGCAGUGACAUGGGUGUGGGUCAGCCCCGGCCGCCACAGAACCCCGCCGAGCUGCACUAGCCCCGGCCCGGCCCGGGGAGGGCCUCAGUGCAGGUAACCUGGCACCUCAGGGGGCAGCACCCCCUUCCUUGUGCACAGGACAGGUGGGGCCCACCGGGCAGAGCGUGGGCUCGGGGGCAGCCAAGCGAGCAAGGCUCAGGAUGUGAUACCUGGGGAGCUGCUGUGCGUUCAGGGCCUCCUGGGGCCAGGCCAAUGUGCACGCUCCUGCUCCUUGGUCCAGAAAGAGCUGCCUCCCUGUCAGCAGGCUUGCUGGGACCAAGGCUAGUGUGCGUGCCCCCGCUCCUUGGUCCAGGAAGAGCUGCCUCCCUGUCAGCACGUCUCAGGCUCCAGUGAAUCCCCCCUGCCCCAGGCCCCCACCUUACAGAUGCAGGCACACCCCUCCUGCAGUCACCACCUGUGCCUACUUGCCCGCCUGCCUGCCCCUGCCCCGGGAGAGCAGAACCCCAGCACUUCUGGGUGCAAGCGGACAGGAGUCUGAGAACAGCCUCUUCGCAGAUCCUGCUAUCCAGAACAUGGAGAAUCAGGCCGACGAUGGCCCCAGGGAGGUUCCACACUCCGUGGUCAGGGCUGGACAGCCGGCAGGCCAGCUCCACAGUGGAGGGGUCUGCCUGCUCAGCUCCUCAACCCUGCUGGGGCCUCGCACCGAGAUACCUGCUAUGGGUGGGCCUCCUGGAAGUAAGCUCAGACCUGGCGACACAGGACGGGGAGUGGACAGGAGCAUGGCCUUGAAGGGGGCCCAGCGGGACCUGCUGGGGGUUGUCUGUCUCCAGUGGACCUGGGCCGGGGCAGGUGCUGGGGUUCCUGUCCAGCCCACCUGCCAGUGUGGCCCCAUAUGACUUGGGGGCCUCCAGGACCUUCGUCCCAGGCUAGUGCGGGAGAGGACUAAAGGCUGCAAGUGCAAGGUCGUAGCUUCUUUCCAGGAGGCCCUGGGACUUUGUCGCUGAAGCCCCGCCAGGCAAACAGCUGUGGACGCCCUUGCCCUGGCAGCCUGAGCAGAGGAACGGGUUAUUUCUCAAGGAACCCAGGGCGGGGCAGAUUUGGUGGUUGGUCACAAGGUUUCAAACGCAGUUGGCCUUUGCUUAAAGGAAGAGAGGGCAGCUAGAAGCAAGGUCCGGGUGGUUUGAUCUUUACUCUUCCAGGGCCACUGCUGAAGUUUUCCGCAGGGAGGUUGGGGGGCUGGCAUGUGCUUUGAGCCCUGCAGAAGCCAGGGCUUCUCUAGGUGGGUUCCUGGAAGAGCCCCUGGGAACCCCGGAGCUGGUGUCCCUGGUUCUGAGGAGUGUGAGUGUUCCAGUGGGUGCUGAUCUUGGACCCUCCAGGUCCCCAAAGUACCCUUUGCUUGAAUUUGUCCUCCUUCCCUUCCAAAGGGGAGGAUGUUUGUUUUCCUCGUUGGGUGGAUAUUCAUCCAUGUUCUCACCAAGAAAAGUUUUCUCAUCACUUCCCAAGUGGCUCUUAACGAUCCUUUUAUUGGGCAGAAGCUGUGGGGGGGCCCUGCCUCCCCCCGUGAGGAGCCCUUGGGGAGCCAUUGCUGUCAGGUCGACCGUCUUGCUCUGGAAACCCCACUGGAGCAGCCACAGCCCAGAGCCGGCCCUUCAGGUCCCCUUGGGCCCUGGCUCAGGGACCACUCCCAGCCCCCACCCACCCCGUGUAGCUGGCACAGUGGGAAGGUGGGGGAGGGGGGGGUGGGUAGUCAGCGUUUCCUGCCUUGGGCCUUGGCCAAGAUAAGUGCUUUCCCUCUGCUUCCUUGGGGACCCCCGUCCCCGUCCCAGAUCACCCCUCCUGGUCUGAGUGUCCUCCCUUGUGAAUUGGGGCUGGCUUGCCCCCCUCCCCCCAGGGUGGAUACAGCCCUAGACGCUCCCCCUCCACUGCCCUCACUUCACUCCCCAGGGCUUAUUGUGACCUUUCUUCCAGCCCAGGUGCCUGCCUGGUGGGCCAAGCCCACCCAGAGGUGGUCUGGCUCCAUGGAGUGGCCAACGUGGGUUCCCAGGCAGACAAGGCUGCCCAAUGUGAUGGCUCGUCUCCUGUGCAUGGCAGGGGGACAUCAAGGCUGGGGUGCUUGGGAUCCAUGGAGCCCUGAUUCUGUCCCAGUCACCAGUUCAGUGCCAGUCUGUGCCCUCCCAGGGGGUGUGGCGUCACGCAGAGAGAUGUGGUGACACGUGACAGGUCAUGGGGGUGGAGCAGGGACUCAGUUUCAUGGGAAAAACUCCAGACACCCUUCCAGGGCUGUCUCUGUGGAGGGCCUGGGCAGCCCACGAAGGCAGGAUGGGGGUGGAAGGCAGCAUGUGCCAUGGUCACUGGAACUCCCCCUACCACCCCCGAGGCAGGCAGGGCUGUUCCUCUGUGUCAAGGGCAGGAAUCUCCACAGGCAGUGGCUUAUGGGGAGGCCUUUUGCUGGGGCUGCAGACACAUGAUUUCCUCCUAAAUCAGCAUUUGUCACCCGCCACAGCGUUCUGGUCAGCGCUGAGGGCUGGAGCCUGGGCCUUGGUCUGGUCUUUGCUGUGUUUUUGGUACUUUAUUGUGUGACCAGCCACCCCACUCGCCGGUGGUGACUCAGAUGAUGGUUUGGGGGUGGGGGGGCAGUGAUGUUCACUUCCUAGAAACUCCCCAGGUCUCCACCCCCAGACCCCACCUUGGGAAGGGGAGGCACCAGCCUCAGCAACAGCAGGCUCCUGCUGGGGGUCCAGGAGCAGGGCCGACCCUUGAAAAGUGUCCCCUCCCUGCCUGCCCUCCGUGCUCCGCUGCAUCACUGCACACUGACAGGCGGGGCCAGCCCGGGAGGGACUGUCUCUACGUGUUAGAUGUACAUGACUUUGAGUCUGUGAGGCAAGUUAAGUUAUAUGCGAGUUCGGUGACUAGUAUUUAAUGCUGACCUACUGUUGUAAAGUAUUCUAUAUUUAUACGACUUCAGAGACUCUUCUGGACUAGCACACCCUCCCUCCAGGGUCCGACAUCCAGUGCCAGCCCCCCAAGCGUGGGGCAGGUUUGCAUAUUUAUUUGUCUGUUCGUUAGGCUUCUGUGUCUGGGAUCCUGUUAAGGUUUUAGGAUGCCUUCAAUACAUUAACUUUUUGAAAUAAAAACGUUUCCUAUG